AUGAGGACUACUGGUGCAGUGGACUAUUUGUUCUAUAGCAUGCUCAUCCUGCAGCUUGUGCAUCAGCCCGCUGCCAAGCAAAUGCUCCGGUACCGUUUGGCUGAGGAGGGACCUGCCGAUGUCAGAGUAGGGAACGUAGCCAGCGACCUGGGCAUCGUUGCCGGGUCCGGCGAGGUGACAUUCACACUAGAAUCAGGCUCCGAUUUUUUCAAAAUAGACAACAUAACAGGUGAGCUCACCACCAAUGAGAGACGCAUAGACCGUGAAAAAUUACAGCAGUGCCAAAUGAUAUUUGAUGAAAAUGAGUGCUUUAUAGAUUUUGAAGUGUCAGUGAUUGGACCAGCUCAGAGCUGGGUCGACCUCUUUGAGGGAAAAGUCAUCAUAUUAGACAUAAACGAUAACACCCCAAUCUUCCCUUCCCCUGUCCUGACACUGUCUGUGGAGGAAAACAGACCCAUUGGAACUCUUUAUCUGCUGCCCACAGCCACAGAUAGAGAUUUUGGGAGGAAUGGAAUAGAGCGAUAUGAGCUUAUCCAGGACAAUGGGGAGAACUCAAGGCGCUCUACUGGGGAUUCAUUCUCCGGGAAAAGGAGAUUUGAUGAAGGCGCGAGCAGGAGCAGCGUCUUUGAACUGCAAGUUGCUGACACUACGGAUGGAGAGAAGCAGCCUCAACUCAUCAUUAAAGGGGCCCUUGAUAGGGAACUGAGAGACUCCUAUGAGCUCAUGCUGCGCGUUCGAGACGGAGGAGAUCCCGCUCGCUCCUCUCAAGCCAUCCUCAGGGUGAUGAUCACCGAUGUGAAUGACAACAACCCUCGGUUUGAGAAGGGUGUGUACGAAGCUGACCUCCCAGAAAACAGCUCCCCCGGUGCCCCCAUACUGCAGCUCAAAGCGGCCGAUGCGGACGUGGGGGUUAACGGUCAAAUAGAGUACGUGUUCGGGGCAGCCACAGAGUCAGUGAGGCGGCUGCUGAGGCUGGAUGAGAGCACAGGGUGGCUGAGUGUGCUGCACCGCAUUGACCGUGAAGAAGUGAGCCAACUGAGGUUCACCGUAAUGGCCCGUGACAGAGGCCAGCCCCCGAAAAUGGACAAGGCCACCGUGGUGUUGAACAUCAAGGAUGAGAACGACAACGUUCCCACGAUAGAGAUACGGAAAAUCGGACGCAUUUUCUUAAAAGAUGGCAUCGCCAACGUGGCCGAGGACGUGGUGGUGGACACACCCAUCGCCUUGGUGCAGGUGUCGGACCGCGACCAGGGGGAGAACGGUAUCGUGACGUGCACCGUGGUCGGGGAUGUUCCCUUUCAGCUCAAACCAGCCAGUGAGAUGGAAGGCGAGCAGAAUAAAAAGAAGUAUUUCCUCCACACGUCCGCCACGCUGGACUACGAAGUCACACAGGAAUACAACGUGGUCAUAGUGGCUGUGGACUCUGGGAGCCCGAGUCUGGCAAGUAAUAACUCUGUUAUCGUCAAAGUGGGCGACACUAACGACAACCCUCCUAUCUUCAGCCGGAAUGUAGUAGAGGUGUCGUUUCCGGAAAACAAUGCCCCUGGCGAGAGGGUGACAACAGUGGUCGCCGUUGACGCAGAUAGUGGGAAGAAUGCUGAAAUAGCCUAUUCCCUGGACUCCUCGGUAAAUGGGAUUUUCUCUAUCGAUGCAGACAGUGGAGACAUCAGAGUCAACACCAUCCUGGAUAGAGAGCAAACGGGGCGCUACGAAUUCAAAGUGAUAGCCAAAGAUAAAGGCAUGAACACUCUACAGGGCUCCGCGACCGUGGUCGUCCUUGUGGCGGACAAGAACGACAACGAGCCAAAGUUCAUGCAGGACGUGUUCACCUUCUACGUCAAAGAGAACCUCGAGCCCAACAGCCCAGUUGGCAUGGUCACGGUCAUCGACGCGGAUAAGGGCCAGAAUGCGGAAAUGAGCCUUUUCAUUGAAGAAGAGGCGGAAAUAUUUUCCAUCGAGAAUGACACCGGGACUAUUUUCUCCACCCUGUCGUUUGACCGGGAGCAGAAAACCACGUACACCUUCCGCGUCAAGGCCGUGGACGGCGGCGAUCCUCCGAGAUCGGCCACCGCCACGGUCUCGCUCUUGAUCAUGGACGAGAACGACAACGCGCCGACUGUCACGUUCCCGAUGAACAGCUCCUACACCCUCCUCCCCCCCUCCAGCAACGUCAGAACGGUCGUCAGGACCGUCAUCGCCACCGAUUCCGACACCGGCAUCCACGCCGACUUGAACUACAGCAUCGUCGGCGGCAACCCCUUCAAGCUGUUCGAGAUCGACGGGGGCACCGGGGUCAUUUCGCUGGUGGCGAAGCUGGAGCAGAAGCACUUCGGCCUCCACCGGCUGGUGGUGCAGGUGACCGACAGGGGCCUGCCUUCGCAGAGCACCACCACCCUGGUUCACGUGUACGUCAACGAGACGCUCUCCAACUCCACGGUCGUGGACGCCCAGGUGGCGAAGAGCCUGAGCACGUCCCUCAACACCAACAUCGCCGGCGACCCCAACUACGACCUCAGCAAACAGCGGCUGAGCAUCGUCAUCGGAGUCGUCUCGGGCAUCAUGACGGUCAUCCUCAUCAUCCUGGUGGUCGUCAUGGCCCGCUACUGCCGCCCCAAGAACAAGAACGGCUACGAGGCCGGCAAGAAGGACCACGAGGACUUCUUCACGCCGCAGCAGCACGACAAGUCCAAGAAGCCCAAGAAGGACAAGAAGAAGCAGAAGUCCAAACAGCCCCUCUACAGCAGCAUCGUCACCGUGGAGGCCUCCAAACCCAACGGGCAGCGCUACGACGGCGUCAACGAGAAGCUGUCGGACAGCCCCGGCAUGGGCCGCUACCGCUCGGUCAACGGCGGGCCGGGGAGCCCCGAUCUGGCCCGGCACUACAAGUCCAGUUCGCCGCUCCCGACCGUCCAGCUUCACCCGCAGUCGCCGACGGCGGGGAAAAAGCACCAGGCGGUUCAGGACCUGCCCCCCGCCAACACCUUCGUUGGCACCGGAGAUAACGUUUCCCUCGGAUCUGACCACUGCUCCGAAUACAGCAGUCAGACCAUCAACAAGUACAACAAACAGCCGUUUCGCCGAGUGACCUUCUCGGUGGUGAGCCAGCCCCAGGACCCUCACCAGCAGGGAUCGCUGCAGAGCUGCUACGACAGCGGCCUGGACGAGUCGGAGACGCCCAGCAGCAAGAGUUCGUCGGGCCCCCGGCUGGGCGCACUUCCCCUGCCCGAAGACAGCUACGAGAGGACAACGCCGGAUGGCAGUGUCGGUGAGGCAGAGCACAUGGAAAAUGACUCUCGGCCCUUGCCUGACGUAGCAAUGACCGGAAAGUGCACCCGGGAAUGCGACGAGUACGGCCACUCGGACUCCUGCUGGAUGCCUGUGCGCACGUCGCCCGAGCGACGGACAUCAAAGUCAACCACCACCCCUCAACAACCAAAGCUUUCCACAUUCACGAGCGGCAGCGGCAGCGGCAGCAGCAGUAGCAGCGGCAGCAGCGGUAGCAGCAGCGGCGGCAGCAGCAGCGGCGCCGAGCCCGGCAGCCAAGAGACCCUCGCCAUGGCCGCCGUGGCCAACGGAGACCCCGCCGCCGCCGCCGCCGCCGCUCACAUGGUCGGCGACCGCAACCGCAACCUGCUCAACAAGAAGAUGGCUUCCUCCUCCUCCUACGAGGCCUUCGGCUCGCCUUCCUACGGCUCUCCGGGACACGGGGAGGAGACGCUGCACCACCCCACCGAGGAGAUCCCGCUGGCGCCUACCGGGGAGUACAAGCCGGCGUCCUGCGGCACGCUGACUCGACGGGAGGUGUACCUGUGAGCGCCGGGGCGCUUAACCCGCUGUGCCGCGCGACCCGUGGCAUUGAAACGCAACACGAGGCACAGUCGGUGCGGCUCUCGCGGCUUUCGGCCACCGUUGUUCUCCAAGGAAGGACGACACUUUUCUCCAAAGACUUUUACGACAGCUCCUUCAUAAAAAAUCUAAGUGGAUACACGGACACCAUUUUUUAAGAAGUGCUAUUUCCGGCCAUGACCUGGAAGACAGGAGGAGGAGGAGGAGGAACCUUUGAGGGGCGGGACUUGGGGGGGGAGGCUGUUCUACUGGCGAGUCGGGCUCAUGGGACACGAUCUGCUGCUUGACAGUCAAUCUGUACAAUAAUCAACUCAUUUCACAUAUAAAGUACAUGCAUGAAUCCCCCCCCCCCCCCCACACACACACACACACACACAUCUCCCACGAAGGCCCCAUUACCCUGAAGAUGACGCUGUACAAAAAGAGACAAUUUCUUUUUGUCCGUUUUUUUCUUCUUUUUUUCCCCCUUUACGAAGCUCUACAUGUGGACUAUUUUGACUUCAAAGUGCGGGAAAGCCUUCUUUUUUUUCCCCUCGUCUCUUUAUUUUUCUUCGAAGUUUCGGACCACGGCCGUGAUGUUCAGUGGCUGCAACAAUAUAUUGGACAUAACGGUCUCUCUCGUACGCUGCCGUCACCGAGACCGCGUGCGUGUGUGUGUGUGUGUGUGCGAUUAAAGACCAAAACUUAACCGCGUUCAAAUCUUACAAGGACUUGAAGCUUUAAAUACUCACCCCUUGUGUCAGCCCCCCCCCCUUUUUUUUUAUGGAGAUUCUUGGACAGACAUGGGAGCCAAUGGCAUUUGCUGCAGCACCUUUUGGUAAGACGACAACCGAUGAACUUCUGAUGACUGGAUCUCACCGGUACCGGUGGGCACGGCUGAAAAGUCCCAUGUGAACAUAAACAUUGGACCGCAGCAACAGCGCUGACUGCUUUCAUUCCCUUUCGUCUUGCUACCUUUCCUCAGUCUCUCAUCCUUUGUCUUUUUCGCUCGCCGGGGGUUGAGACCGAACCCCUCUUACUCGAUGCAAAAUUGCCGCAUCGGCUGGAAAAGCAUGCGUGCACACGGUCGUGGAUAUUCAAACCGCCUCAGUUGGAUGCUACUGUGUAUGUCACGUUGUAAUACUUACCCCGUCUUUCUUUCUCUCGCAAUGGUGUAUGCAAACACACACACACACACAGAAGCAGAUUCAUUUAACUGAGGCCAAGGGUACUGCUGGACUAAAGGAUCUGGGAUCUCAUACCGAGAUUACAAUUCUGAAGGUGCAGUUGAAACGGUAUGUGUGUCAGGGCCCGAUGUGUAGUGCAUAGUGUGUGUUUGUCGGCUAUAUUUCGUGUAUACUGUAGAUGUACACCGAUAAUAGGCUUAGAGGGGCGUAAACAUGGCCAAGCUGAUCCUAAAACAGCUGCAAGGACAUCUUUUCACCGUUAUUUCUUUCUCGUUGUGUGAUAGACUGAGCAAUAAAUAUCAUAAAUGUA